AUGAUGGACACGAUGCCUUCCAUAGGCCUAACUGCCCGUCACGACAACGAGUUCUCGAAUAGAUCAUCGGUCGAUUCGAAUAUUACUCUGUGGCAGUUUUUGCUUGAAUUACUAGUACAAGGGGAACAUCCACAACUGAUUCAAUGGACGAAUCGAGAGGGCGAGUUUAAGCUUUUGGAUGCAGAAGCGGUCGCUCGGCUCUGGGGACAGCGUAAAGCAAAGCCGCACAUGAACUACGAUAAAUUAUCCAGAGCACUUCGAUAUUACUACGACAAAAACAUAAUCAAAAAGGUGAUUGGCCAGAAGUUUGUGUAUCGUUUCGUCGAAGCGAAUAUUACCGAACCAGUCGCAUACAACAUGAGUUUAUGUCGAGCGAUGAGCAAUACGAGCGUAACGUCGAAACCUGACGCUCAUCCGGCUCCAGUUCCUGCUCCUGUGCCUGCUCCACCCCCGUCACAACCAGCGCUCACGACGGCCUCGACGACAACGACUCCGAGCAUUGUUAAGGAAGAACCAUGUAAGCCGGAUCAUGAUACGUCAGUCGAUGCCGUAUUUCUGACCAGCUAUGCCAGCCCAACCCGAGUUGACGUCACUGAAUUUGAGUGGCACCAGCACGACUGCAAGUGCUUCGACACCUUCGCCGACUAA